AUUGGCCAUCGGAGGAGCUGUUUCUCCUCUCUAAAUCCUCCUUCUCUAUGGUUGGGCCUUAAAACCAAUCUCCAUUAAUGGCUGUUUCUCUGAAUCUACUCGCCGCCUUCAACUCAACGAAGUUGCAAACCACCAAUGAGAACAUUUCGAGACCCUCAUUUCCAAAGGUCAACAAACUGACAACCUUCUACGGGACGUAUGGCACAAGAGGAAUUGCAAAGGAGAGAAGACAAGGAUUGUCUCUUUCUCUUGCAGCUGCAGGCAGCAACCAGGUAGACACAGACACCAAUGAGAAAGGUUCUGGAAUUACUGGAAGAACUCUUCCCGACGACGAUUCCUCCGCUGUGAAUCAACCGCCUUUGGAUGCUUCGGCAGAAAGCAUAGUUUCUCAACUAAGUGUUAACAACAAUGAGUCUUCCUAUGAGGCUUCCAAUGGACAAGGACUGUCUUCAAAUCAGAGUCCAGGUACAAGCUCAUCUCCUGAUUCACAAUCCACAAGAAAGUCUCCAUUAACUGCAAGAGAAAGACUAAGGGCAGCCCGUGUCCUUAGCCGUUACAACAACGAAUCCAAGCCAUCCAAAUCCGACAUGGGCAGCAAAGUUUUGGAAGCUUUACGGGAGAACGAUCAAGGGAAGAAAAGGACGAGGCUUCCAGAAGCCCCUACAAAUCUGUUCGAUGAUAGCAAGCGAGGGAUGCCGAAACCAGGCUGGACUUUUCAGUUUCCCGGGGGUUCAGAUCUGUUUGUCAUCGCCUUUUCCUUUGUUUUCAUCAGUACAGUGAUGUUUGCUACCACUUACAUUGUGUGGAAAGUUGGUGCAAUUCAUUUUAAUGAGUACUGAAGUGCACUAGAAAGAGGUUAGUAGUUCAAGCUCAGAAAGUUGUUCUCUUGCUAGAAAUAGUUAUUUGAUUUUCCUCUUUAUGAUACACUUGGCUGCUCAUAUCUUGUUGCUAGGUUCCAUAGUCAUUAAUUUUUUUUUUAUUUUUUAUAGUCUUGAAUGUACAAAAGCUGUUUGCUCAACAUUUUGAUUAGUGUAAUUUUGUUAUAGUUCUUGAACGAUAAACAACGUUGAAGAAUCGAGGACUCGUUUCGUUUCAUCUGGAAAA